AUGAGCUCACUCAAAGACGCCCUAUCACGAGUCACAAGAGUGGCUCGCCACAUGGAGCUGCUUCGAAGGGACACAAGAACGCCGUCUUUGUCGUCAUCGCCUGUGGCUGGCAGUUCUACGGUGAAACGUCGUCGAUCUCCUCCGAGAAAUCGGGUACCCAAAGAAAACCUCGAGAGACUCCGUCCUCACCUACGAGGAUUCCAGAAAAAAAGAUACCAGGGCUUUCUAGAGCCCCUUAGCAUGCCUCAACUCAAGAUAUACUCCGAGAAUACUGCUCCCUACAACGUUGAAAGAGCAGAGGCCAAUUUUGCAUCCAAGAAGAGUAGUGAUCGCAUUGAUGUGUUCAACAAUUUUCUCAGCGAACGAUUUGUGUUCAACAAGAUGGUAGACUUCCUUGUGGAGCUUACACCGGAAUACUUGAAGUCAGCGGAGACCGUGAGCAAUGUGGAGUCGCUAGCUAGCGUGUUGAAAGAAGAACACACUGAGUUUUCCCGCAACCACUAUAAAAAUGUGCCCCGAUAUCACUUCCACGAGUUACCAUCUUUCCCCAAUCCUCUUACCAAGGAGAGCUUUCAAGAAUACAUUUACUUUUUGACGCAUCUGAAGAUACUCUACCGAAAUUCGUCAUCGUUAGCAAGUGGAAUUGUGCCAGACAUACUAUUGUACACUCACCAUUUGGAUAAUGAUCAAUUCAAACCAUACCGGUCAGUGCAUACAUAUAACUAUCUCAUAAAGUACUUUGGUUACGACAAAUUCCAAAAUUCAUUUGCUAGAGAGCUUCUUCUUGUCAUGGCCAGAGAUGGACACCAGCCUGAUAUCGAGACUAUAAACCAGCUCUUGAAAAUUUGCCGUAUCCAUACAAACAGAAGAUCCCUUGUGAGCACGUACAAAGUAAUCAUCAAUUACUUGACGCUAGCAAAACGACUUGACUUGAGGGCCAAUUUGUCCACUUGGAAUAGGGUCUAUGACUGCAUCGAUAACAUCUUCUUGAAGGAGAUUUUAGUCAACAAGAUAGCCUCGAUAAAUUUACCCAUUCUGAACAACAUGUGCAUCAGAAUACUUGAGGAUUUUGCUAGAACCACUAGGUCGCUGUCAGAAGUUAUCAACUUUGUGGAAUCUGACCUCUGUCGUCAACACUGGAGAAGCAACCCAAGAUUGGCUGAAAAGGUUGUAUACCACAGCAUUGUCAACGCGCAGAACAGCAGAGAGCUAGGGAAUAUUUGGAAUGGCUUGAUCUCCGAGGUUGCCAUCGACGGUAUCUCCAUGAAGAACAUCAUAAACGGAGUAUUUGCCAAUCCAAACAUCUCCAAUAAAGUCUACUUUGCGUUGUGUAUGUAUUCCAAGCUUGAACAAAGAGUGACAGUGCCAGCUGAAGUUUACGGCAAGCUCAUCCAGAUGAUUUGCGUAAACCAUGAUAAUUACGAUAUUGCCAUCGUCAACUCGCUUGUUCGGAGUCUAAUCCAUACCGAUGCAGUGAAGGCUCUUGAUCUACCUAUUGAGUACACUGAGUACGCAGAUGAUGUCAAAAAGGGCAAAGAAAUAGAUGGCGAAGGCAAAAUCAAUGAGGGCAAAAGCAGCGAUGACAAAGUUUACAACUUUCCUUACACUAUACCACGAACUGACAUCCCUGAACACUACAAAAUUAUGAAACGAUUGACGAAACACCAUUUAAUUGACCUCGAGGCCAAGUGCAUUUAUUUGCAGAAUCAAGGGAAGGCAAUCUCUAUGCCGUGGGACGAAAUCAAACAAAACGAAAUCACUCAAUGGACAGAACAGAAACAGCUAAUGAUGAAUGAUCCUUUCUGGUGGAAUGGUGACCCAUCAACUAUUUCUCUACUAGGGCUCCAGGAGUCUGCUGAUCCUGUACCUGAAAAGCUAGUCCUCACUUAUAGACAGCUAGCCAACACUAAAAUGGGUAUCAGUCACGACAUCAAUUUGAUCCACAAACUCGAAGCUGGAUUCGAUAAUCACCUAAUCGAUGAGAUGAAGACGCGAAGAAUACAUUCACCUUCUGUACAUAGCGAAGCCUAG